AUGGUUCGGAGUGAGAAUUACUGUCAAAUGCCUCCGUCCGCAUGCACUUUCAACAUGGAACAGUGUGGUGCUGUCCCCAACAUUGUUGACACCAUCCAGAUCUCAAUGGUUCGAGCCUACGAAGCCAGACCUGGAGGCUAUCGCAUCUCACAAUUUCCCAAUAAGAAAAUAUUUUAUGACUGGGUGAAGUCGGUGCUUCAGUUGCGACUUCUAGAUGUGUACUUUUACCUACUUUGUUUUUCAGAUUGCGGCGCCAUGUUCAGGGAUGAGAUGUGCAAAGUUCGCAGUCUGAAUACCUAUAUUGCAACCUUCACAAGGGAUCUCUUUUGA